CAAAGAUCGGGCACAAGACAGGCAGCAGCAGCACCACCACAACGGAGAGGACCGGAGCUCCAUCCAGCGCACGGCGUGUCUGAAACAUGAUCAGAGCCAGUUCCAGUGCCAGCAUCAGGAAACGCAGGCGAAGAAAACAGGUUGGGCCAUCCGGAAAAGUUGGCUAAUGUCAGCGAGCUGACUAGCAUUUGCUAACUAACGUGAUUGGGGCUUAGACUGCUAGCUAGCGCUUUGGCGUUAACACGAAUGACAAGAAAAGCUGUUAAGUAGUUCGACCGUCGGGUACGUUCAGAUAAGAGCCCUGAAGUUGUGUUAGCAGGCAUGCUAGCUGACGUAGCGUGACAGUUGCUGCUGCCGCUGGUGGUUUUGACACAUCGGGGAUUGACCUUGUACACCGGCUUCACCACCCAGUUUUCUUCUCGCUAAUAUAACCGGAGGGAUCCGUGAACUACCCCUCCUGGUUCCGCCGUGUUCUCAAAUCCCCGCUGGUCUUUCAAACGACCCAAAGUUUGAUGUGUUUGACUCCAGCAUGUCCGCAUCCAGCUUAGGAAACAACACCGGCUCCGCUGGAAUUUUCUCUGCUGCCAUUUCCUGUCGGCCAUGUUAGAAUAUCAGCGCGAGCUAACGCCACACUUUACCCGGCUAGUUGGAGAACGGCGUAAAAAGUCCGAGGCUUUCCCCCCUCAUUUGAAACUCUUUUACUUUCUUCUUCUAGCAACUGUUUGGUGGAAAUGACAUGACGAGCAACUGUUGUGAGCUUGCAGGCAGUAAAAAUGUAAUCAUCAACGAUGAGGAGGGGGAGAAAAAUCCACACCUGCCCUACACUGUUGGUAUGUCCCAUUCCUCCAGCAGCAAUGGUAAUAGACACAUAAGUAACUCAAAUGUGAAGCAGAAAGGGCCACAGAAGCACUACAUUUCUGUUCAGAAAGUGAGCAGCAAAUUCUCUGAGCAUAAGAAGAAUAUGGACUUAAAAAAUGACAAGGAGAAGGCGCUGGAUUUGAGUAAUUAUGAGAUUCAGCCUUCAAACAAGAAAGACUCUGCUUUGCUUCAGAACGGGCUUGUGAAUUGUGGCCUCAUCACUAACGGCUAUUCCAGUAAGGACAAUGAUGGAAGCGGCUCUGAAGGCGGAUAUACCACCCCGAAGAAACGAAAGAGCAGAUGCGGCAACACCAAGAGUGCCGAUAAUGUGACGAAAGACAAAGAGAGAGACAUGCAGCCCCGCAACACUACGCCGGGAGCCUCGAGUGUCGAGACGCCCGAGAAAGGAACAGCGUCCAGACUCGACGGCUUCCGGUCCAGCUACAAAGCAGAAGCUCAGACGACGGCUAAACGGGCCGUCGCAUCAGAGACUUCAGUCGCCGAACCUCAGAGGAAAACCUCUGAAGGUAAAGCAGCUGGCACGUUUGGUAAGAAGGCAGAGGAAAAGCACAAGGGCAAGCUUUCCUCACCUUCAAAAGAGGACUCGUGGACUUUGUUCAAGCCCCCUCCCGUAUUUCCUGUGGACAAUAGCAGUGCUAAAAUAGUUCCCAAGAUCAGUUAUGCAAGCAAAGUAAAAGAGAACCUCAAUAAAGUAGCUCAAGGCGGAGGAGAGGCAGCACCUCCUCCUGUGAGACUGUCCCAGGUCCCCAUGUCUGCUAUGAAAACUAUCACCUCGGCUAGCUUUACUAACGGUCCUGUUCCUGGGAAUGGGAACGGCUGCCCGUCCGUGGGCACCUUCUUUGCUCCUGCUGCUAGUUGUGUUCAAUCAGCCCCGUCUGUCCCAAGUGGCGAGAAUGUAGCAUCUUCUUUGGAAAGUAGCUGUAGCUCUACGACGAGUCCCGUAGACGGCGAGGCGAGCGAGCUCAGAAAGUGUACUGUUUUAAUCUACCCUUUAAAUAUGCAACCCGUGCUCCCGAGCGCUCGCCACCUCGACCCACCGGCUGCUCAGACAAAUCAGAAAGCCCUGGGGGACAUCUUCCAGAACCAGUGGGGGCUCUCCUUCAUCAACGAGCCCAACCCGGCCCUCGACGGAGGGAACGGGUUCGUGCCUGCCGAGGACCAGACUUCUGUGACUUCUCACAACGGGAGUCAGGCUGUCCCAGCCAAGGUUGCCCAGCCCCUCUUUGACAUUAGCCCAUUUCUAGAAGCCGAAGCUUUUUCUCAAGAAGCGGAGAAAAGGACUUGUGCCCCCUGCCAAGUAUCCAGUGUUUGCUCUCCUGCCAGCACGGCGAGCGAGGAGGAGACCAAGCUGCAGCCAAGUGUUCAGGAAAAGACGAAAGUGGAGCUGAAGGGAGUGGGUUCUUCUCUGCUGGCCCCCAGUAAAGACAACGGUGCUAAGCCUGCAGUGGGCCAGCAGACCACUGUGCUGUUCGGUUCCUCUAAAGAACAGAUCCACCCAAAAGACGUUGGCAGGAGGUCCAGCUGGGGUUCCUUUGACCUUAAAGCUGCCGUCACCUAUCACACUAAAGAAAUGGAAUCCAUUUUCAACUUGCAAAAACAAGAUCCAAAAAGAAUAGUGUUUUACGAUGAGACCAAGGACGGACCUGAUCAGUGACGUAGAUCAUCUCCAGUGCUUACUGUCUUCUCCUCUGGGUGCUGCAGUUAUCUACCUUGGAAAAAGUAAAAAAAUUUAAAAAAAAUCCUGUCAGAUAAAGUGACAACUGUGAAAACACUGAUAGCUAAGCAUGAUUUUCCUUGGAAACUCGGGUUUAUUGAAACUUUUUUUUUUCCUUUGGGAGCGCACCAGACAAAACACACACACACACGCAGACACACUCUGGAUGGACAUUAAAAAGGAGUUGAUCGGUGCCUCUCCAACACGAUGAAUGGACCUUAACGACUUCUAGCUGUGGUAGUCCUCGUCUCAUGGCUUUUAAGGGAUAAUGUUCGGGAGUUCACCAAGGCAGGUGUCUUGGACCGCACCUCCUUAAGCCUUUAUCCUGUCGAACUGUUGGGAUGCCUCCGUCGGUUUCUUUCUUCACUCAUUCAAAUGAGUUCACUGUAGAUACGUUGGGCGUUCCACACACAGAUCUGUGCUUGAAUUAGUGGUGAAGGAAAGGAGACGAUUGUUAACGAAAUGCCUUCUGAGUUGUAGAGUAAAGGUGUUUUGCAAUCCUGUUAAGGCGGCAGUGGACUUUUGUGAGGCUCCAUCCGGGAAGGGAGAAUCUUGUCUUAAAACUCUAUAGAGAAAAAAAACUACUCAGAGCCCUGAAAUUUUCUAUGGACCGCAGUUGUUUUUAUGCUGUUUCAGCUGACCUAACACAAGUAUUAUUUGCAUCGCUGUUAGACCCCAGAGCUAAGGUACUGAAGUGCCGAAUUUGAAGGAAAGCCACGCCCCUUUACGACGUUUGUUCAGUUGGUGUGCUGAAAGGUUUUAACAUCGGGUCUCCGUUAAUCUGUUUCUGUUGAAGCCUUCGCUACAUUUCACUUUAGACGGUCAUAAAUUAUCACAAAGUUUCUUUAAAUUCAAAAUCAUGCACGCUUUUUUUUUUUUUUUCCCAGAGUUUAAGAACAAACAAGUAUUGCUUCUGAUUGGCUGUUCUGUUUUAUUCAGCUGCAACACUCAGGAUAUCUCUACAAACAUUUUCUGUUCAGUUAAAGAAAAAUGUUUCAUUUUACAAUUGUUUUCCUAGCAUGUUUUUUUUUUUUUUUUCACUCAAUGACUUUUUGUUUUUUAAUUCCUUCAUUUGCCCCCAUGUUUACUGGAAUACUUGAGUCCCUUUUCAUUGCCACAGAAACACAAUAACUCAUUUAUCGCAACUUUCAUCUUAGGUCUCAAACUAACCGCUUUGUCAAAAAAAAAAGAGAAAACUCAGAACGUUCGAAGGAGGUCUUCAAAGUUUUCACAAGCCGGUGUGCAAUACCUCCAUGGAAAAUGAGUUUUGUUGAGUUACAAAAUCCUCAUCGGAGGUUCUUACGUAGCCUGCAGUUUAGUUUUUCAAAUCUAUUUCGGUUGCAUUUACUCUUUUGUUGCACAUUUUGUUUCUUCACUUGUAAGGUCUGACUACAUCUAGUGAUUUUAGGAGAUGGAUUGGGUCAGCGGGGACAUCUCCAGAAAAGGACGUCACAAAGGAGCUGAAAGUGGGUGGGCUCGGGGGGUCCUCUUGUCUAGAAAAUCUAAUUUGGUUUAAUCGUGAAUUAAUAGCACUUUAUGUUAACAAAUUACCUUUAUCUUAACUAGAGAAAAUUUAUAUGUAACACUAGAAAUACUCCUUAAAAGAAUGGCUCUGGGCUGUUACUUUUCAGAAAAAAAAAAUAUAUAUAUAUAUAGUUGCUAAAUACAGAAUUAUUAAAUAUAACUCAGGUAGUGUUGAUGAAGCCAUGAGUAUAUUCAAUGUUUUCUUUCUUCUUUUUUUUUGCCAAUUGGCCCCUGUCAUGUAAUGUUGUCAUACUGGAAAUGCUGAAUUGGAGUCCUACUGCUGUCUCAUGCGAUAUUCUGAAAACACACCAAAUAACUUACCUUUGACUAAGGAUGUCAGUUCCACUUUGGGCUCUUGUUGUGGGAUUUUAACUGCUUAGAAAGCACAUUGCAUCUCCGCUCUGUUUUCUUUGGCUGUAACAGUAAUCAUCUGCUGGUUCAUUUCUGCCUCCUGUGUUUUCUUCCUACCCUCCUAACAGGCUCGAGUGCUUCUUCCCACCGUUUCCUCAGCAGAAUGUGGAAUUUAGUGUUCAAGUUGGAUUCCCAUUUUACUUCCAUACCCAGAUUUAGGUUUUUUUUUGUUUUGUGCGUCCGACGUCCAUCUUGUCUGGGCCUGUAUCAAAAUGCAACACAGUUGUGAAAGGAUGUAUCAGAAAGUGCUCUCCAGUAGCAGCACUGCCCCUCUCCCACCUGUUGCUGCAUACUGCUGGUCAAUUAGUAGAAAGCCGGGGCUUACACUCACAAGAACAGACAGGAAAGGGGGGAAGACAUGCGGCAAAGGUCGUCGGGACCGGGAGUCGAACCCGCGACGUCCGCGUCGAGGACUAAGGCCUCCAAACAUGGGGCAUGCUAACCCCCUGCGCCACCACAGCACGCCCCAAAAUUGAUCUUUUUAAACAGGCGGUUUUUAAACGAGAAUAGAAUUUCUGGUUUUAAAUUGAAGCCAUUUUUUGUUUUGUUGUUGUUUUUGGAGGGUGGGGGGUUUCUGCCUGAAUACCAUGCCAUGAUGUGAAGCUCAUAGCGGCCCAUACAUGAUGCUGCUCUCCUAGUGAGGACGACUGAAUCUACUCUAACAAAAAACCAAACAAAGAAAAUUGCAAUUGAGGCGUGUUUAAUCCGGUAGCAUUACUUUGUGUGUGUUUUUAUUAUUAUUAUUUUUGUAACUCUCAGCUUGCUACUGUUUUAAUUUAAUCUGACUGCACAUAAAUCCCUGGGCAAAUGAACACAAUCAGGUUGACGCUAAAUUGUUCAGACUGAAGCUAUUAAAAAUUGUGCAGAUUUUUCUUGGCAUAAAUGUGGGUAAGCAGGGUGACGGAAAGUGUUUUUACUAUAGUACAAUAAAUUGACCCCUUUUUGUUUCUUCUUCUCUCCCUCCCCCUGCUUGUUUGAAGAAGACCACAUUGGUUUGGGGGAAAUCAGAGCUGCUGUUUCUAACAUUGUAGCCUGCUAACCAAAAAAAAAAAAAAACAGGUUCCUACAAUGGAGUAGAUGGUUAAUCAGUAAUUAUAAAAAGGCGGGGUGGAGAGUGAGGGGUUGGGGUGGGGAAUCCACUGCCAGCACGUUGAGAUAGAAAAAACAUAAUCAUGUGGAGUUUCUGUUUCCCUCCCCUCCCCCUCAGGAUGUGCAAUCACCUCUAGGAUGCUGAUGCAGGCUUCCAGGUUGAGUGGCUUGAUGUUGGUUGGUUGGUGUGUGUGAGCUGCAAGUUCUUCCUAUUAUAUGCAAGUUUCUCUUAUAUUAAAGAAAAAAAAAGUCCCCCCUCCUUCCAUUGGGUGUAUUUCGUUCAGGUGCCUGUGUGAGGGGAAGGCCUGGGGAGGGAGGAGAAAAACUACAGCAAUUUUGAUUGUUUAAAUUCUGCUUCCAGCAUAUAUCUGUGCCAUUUUUUUUUCAUUUCUGUGUAAAAAAAAAAAAAAAAAAAGUGCAACUUUUUGUUACAGUUUUCUUCUGGCUAAUAUCUUUAUUUCUCCAACAUAGCCACAGCUGAUUGAGCAUUUAUUCUUGCUUUUUUUAAAUGUGUUUUUUUUUAUUCAUGGCUUAUGUUCAAAUUUCUGCAACUUGAAGCCAAAAUCACUGCGAAUGGUGACAGAUUGCUGUCUGCUGAUGCGUACCAGAUCUCUAUCAAAUUAAUGUCUAAAGUAGCAAAUGAUUCAUUUGGACUCAUUUUAACAAGUUAAUAUUUUAACAUGUUUUUGAAGAUUUUUUUUUUUUUAUUGAGUUGUAACCUUACUUAUCCGUAGAUGCACAGUUAAGAUGAGACUAAAACGAGUAAAUUAAAUGGAAUCGAGACAUUUCGUCUUAUUAGAUGUUUUUUUUGUUUUUUUUUAGUUGUUUUGAGGCUGAUGUAUCCCGUUGUUGCCCCCUUCUAGCACCAAUGUGAAAGCUGCGUUUCCCAGCAGGCUUUCUAUGCGUUGCUUUUAUUGGUUUGUCCAAACACGUUGUGGCGGAAUGCGGAGCGUUGAAAUACACUGCAUCUAGAGUUUCUUGUAAUAUAUUUUUGAUUUGUGACGCCAUUGAUCUCAAUUGUUUUAAGAGGCUAAUGUGCAGUUCUGGAUCUCUGGAUCUGCUUUUGCCAAAGGUACACUACUUAGAUAUCGAGCGAGAAGAGAAAGGUGGGGAGUGGGGAGGGUGUAGCGGAUGAUGUCAGAGCCAAGCUUCCUGACGACCUGCUGAGUUCAGAGAGUUUUUCUCUUUUCUUUUCAUAUGUGAACAAAAAUCACUUGUGUAGCAGCUGAAUGUCACUUUGAGAACAUUGUUAUACUGAGUGUGAGCGAGAACUCUUAAAGGGGAAAACAACUACCGAAAGUGCUGCUUUUUUUUUUUUUUUUUUUUUCCUUCUCCCCCAUUGGUCAUCUGUAAUGGGAAAGACUGAACGUGGUGUUUGUACUCUGAUUGAAAUUGUCCCUGUUUUAUGAUGUCAUUUUCUCAUACAUGUUUUUUUUUUUGGUUAAUUUUUAAUUUUGGGGCUUUUUUUUAUUCAGAGCAAAGCAAAGGGUGCUGUUUCAGAUUCCAAGUAAAGUGAACAAACGAGGAUUCAAUCACAGAGGGAGACGCAGGCUGGAUGUUCGUUUUUUGUCGUCCCCUCUAACGUUUUUUUUUUCUUCCCCCUUUCCCCAUCUUUGUGCCCCUGAAGGCAACAGCAUUUCUUUCUCAAAUGUCUUACAAGUUGGCAUUUCUGUUUUUAAAUGAAUUCUGAUUAUUUAAUUUCUUUUAUUUUGAAUUUAACAAGUGUCACUUUUUUUAAAAAGCAUGAUAAUAACCCUCAAAUUCCGAACAAUGUAAUAGUCAAUUUAAAAAUUUAAAAAAAAAAAAAAAUCCCGUGUUCACUGUUUUAGUUUCCAUUAAAAUGUCAAAUUUUGAUGAUGAAUCUGAUGUUUUGUCAUUUCUGUUCUUGGCACCACACUGGAUCACUUCUUCUGAAUUGAAUGAACAUCUACAGCUCUGACUAGAAAUUCAUAUAGACUCACCGAUUGUAUAAAACUGCAUCAUUUUAACAAUUGCAUUGGUUAAAAAUUGGUUAUCUGCAAAAAAAUUAUUUUAACAUUAAUAAAAAAACAAAUCAUUUUGAAACCUAA